UAAAAAAAUUAAAAAUAAUUAUUUAAUUUGUAUUUUUAAAUAAAAAAAUUAUAUGUAAAAUUUACAAAACAACGGAACUUUAAUUUUUAUUUAUCAAUAACACCUAAGAUAGGUUAGGUUUGAACCGGCGGUUUAGGGUAGCAGAAUCGAAAAAGUCGGUUUCGGUUCGAACCGGGAAUAGCCGGUUCGAAUCCGGUUGGGAAAGUCUAAACUCUCUUCUCGCAUCUCAAGUUCUCAACGGCACCUAUCUGUAAUUAGGAAGGAUGAGUUCGCCGGGCUUUACCGCUGCCUCACCUACCCUACCCCAGCUUCCUUCGCUACCUCCCUUGCCGUCGCCGUCGCAGUCGCGUUUCCGGCCAACUCCGGCCAAUUAUAAUCCUCCCGACGAUCAAAACCCGGAUUUCGCGCAAGAAUCGAGUACUGCGUCGUGGACAUCAUCCAUAGCACGACACUGCAAACACGGCCGUGUUUCCAAGGCCGUGUCGGAAUUCACUCGAAUGCGAGCGUCGGGGAUUCAGCCAAAUCACAUCACGCUCGUCACUCUGUUCUCCGGCUGCGCCCACUUCCCGUCGCAGGGAUUCCUCCUCGGCCGGGCGCUUCACGGCUAUGCCCGGAAAUUAGGUUUCGAUUCCCGCAACGUCAUGGUCGGAACCGCCGUAAUCGACAUGUACUCCAGGUUCGGACAAUUGGGGAUUUCCAGAUUGAGCUUCGACCACAUGGAGAUCAGAAAUAAAGUCACUUGGAACACUCUGAUCAACGGCUACAUCAGAAAUGGCGAAUUCGAGGAGGCACUCAACCUGUUCGACGAAAUGCCUGAAAGAGAUACCGUCACAUGGACUGUCCUAAUCGACGGCUUCGUGAAAAAGGGGAAAUUCGAAGAGGCAUUGGAGUGGUUUCGACGGAUGCAGUCGUCGCAAACGUCUCCCGAUUUCGUGACAAUCAUUGCAGCACUUUCGGCCGUCGCUAAUUUGGGUGCAUUCGGAUUAGGCCUAUGGCUGCAUCGAUUCGUUUCAAAGCAAAAUUUCCGCGACAACAUAAGGGUUAACAAUUCGUUGAUCGACAUGUACUGCCGCUGCGGCUGCGUCAAGUUCGCUUGCGAAGUGUUCGACGAAAUGCCUAAAAGAAGCUUAGUUUCGUGGAAUUCGAUCGUCGUAGGUUUAGCAUGCAAUGCACGCGCCGAGGAAGCAUUGAGCUAUUUUUACGCGAUGAAAAGCGACCGGUUCGUUCCCGACGGUGUGACGUUCACGGGAGCUCUCACGGCGUGUAGCCACGCGGGGUUAGUCGACAAAGGAGUCGAAGUGUUUGAAACGAUGACGCGGGUUUAUAAAAUUUCUCCGACGAUCGAACAUUACGGUUGUGUCGUGGAUCUCUACGCCCGUGCCGGGAAAUUGAAGGAGGCGAUGACGGUCGUGGAAACAAUGCCGAUGAAGCCAAAUGAAGUCGUCGUUGGAUCCUUGUUGGCAGCAUGUCGAGAAUAUGACGCCGCGGAUGAGUUGGCGGAGAAGCUGAUCGAACGGAUCUUCGGGUUGGAUCCGAGCGGGGAUUUUUGUUAUGUGUUGAUGUCGAAUAUUUUUGCCGGGAAAGGCAAAUGGCGUCGAGCGAGCAAUGUGAGGAAGAAGAUGAAGGAUCUUGGGGUAAGGAAGAGGCCCGGGAUUAGUUCGAUUGAGGUCGAUGGGACGAUACACGAAUUCAUGGCCGGGGAUCGGUCUCACGUCGAGGCGACGAGCGUACGUGCGAUGGCCGAGCUUUUGUCGCUCGACGCGAGUAGAUUUGAUGAUUCUUCGCUACAUUUUUACGAACUUUGUGAAUUUUAUUAGCUUAUAAUUGGUAAAAACAGUGUCGUAUCAAAAUAUUAUUUAAUUUUAAAAAAAAUAAAGAAAGUGAAAACUAACUCAACGUUUGUUCAAUUU